AUGGAGUCCCCGUCGGGCUCGGCACCAGCAGAUGACAAAAAGGAGGACUCGAACUUGCUCGAGGAGCCGGCCAUAGAGCGGAAGCGCUCCGGCGGCCGCUCCCCCACACAACUUCACCGCGAGCACAGUCGCGACUUAUCUCAGGGGUUCCGGCACUACCCGAGGACAACAAGUAUAGGCAGCAAAGGGAGUCGAAAAAGCGCGCUGCUGGGCAGUAGACAGCCGAGCGAGGACAGUAGGACGUUACGGUUUACGGUAAAUGGCGGGGCGCCGACGAGUCCGAAUGAGUCGUUCAACACCAAAGGGAACUGGAUGCGGCGGUUAUCAGUUGCGCCGGGGCUUGCGCUACGCGAAGCAGGCCUGUCGCGGAUACGAGUGCGUGGCCACCUCGGUCACCUCCAGUAUGGGGAGAUUUUGAAGCGCUUCGAGCGGCAGAGUACCUUUCACGGCAUCUGCCACGCGUCGUUGGCCCCGAAUAAAAAGUGGCGGAUCUUUUGGUACACCGCAUUCGGGAUCUGCUUCCUUUUUCUGCUCGUGCAGGUCGUCUUUCUCGUCAUAAAGUAUCGGGAGUACAAGAAGACGGUCGAUCUUGAUCUCAAAUUUGAAAAUGCACCAUUCCCGUCGAUCACAUUGUGCAACUUGAAUCCGUAUAAAAGAAGUGCUAUAAUGCAGAAUCCAGAGACUAAAAAGACGAUGGAAAUGUUCUCAAAACUCGUGAAUAAAGGUGACAAAUCGGAGGGCGUGGCAGCGUUGUUACAGGCGCGCUUACAAAGCCGAGUACGCCGCGGCAAACGACGGGUGAACAAAGCUCACAACCGACGAUAUCACCAAGUAUUCGCGCAAUGUCUCUGUGAUGUGGAUACAAUAAGCGGGGAGCGGAAAGGUGGCUGUAUCGUGGCGCAGAGUGGGAAGGUGUCCUUCGGCUUCACCACGGCCACCCCGUUUAAUUUGCAUCCCGCAAAAUGCCUCUGCCAGCUUGAUACGACGUCGAAGACCAUGUGGCCGUGCUUUCCAUAUUCAACCUGGAAAGAGCGCCUAUGCGCCGAGUGCGUGCCCAGCUCCGGCCACUGCCCGAUGCGCUUCUACAAGGGCAACGAAAAGUACGAGGACAUCCAGGACAAAGUCGACAUCUGCCUCUGCCACAAGGACUACAACCACUGCAUCCAAAACAACGAAGGAAACGUCAUCCCCGAGAUCGGGCCCGAGGAAGAGAUCUCCUCGCUGAACAUCACCGCCCAGACGCAGAAAGCUUUGGCCAAGGCUGGAGGCCCCAAGGUCACCACCACAACAACCACCGAGGCUCCAGAAGUAAUUGAAGCUAUGGGCUUUGCGGAGCUCACGGAUGAGAUUGCCAUCACCUCCCAGGCCCAGCAGAACAUGAUGUACACCGUGGGAAGUAUGGGGGAUGGCGAGAAGACGACCAUGUCCCAGACCAAGGACGACUUCAUCUUGCGCUGCUCGUUCAACCAGAAGGAUUGCAACAUUGACGAGGACUUCAAGCUGCACUACGACCAGACCUACGGAAAUUGCUUUACGUUCAACUUCAAUCGAACGAAAAAGCUGGAGGCCCAUCGAGCCGGAGCCAAUUAUGGUCUGAAAGUGAUUUUGUACGCCGACAUUGCCGAGUAUCUACCCACCACCGAAGCCGUCGGUUUCCGGAUCACCGUGCACGACAAGUGGAUCGUCCCUUUCCCCGAUGCUUUUGGCUACAACGCGCCCACCGGGUUCCUGUCGGCAUUUGGUGUCCGCAUGAAAAAGUUCCGACGCCUCGGGCCGCCCUACGGGGACUGCCGAUCCCCAGCCAAGAACGAGAUGAAGGACGACUUUUUCUUGUACCAGAAUUUCAACUAUUCAGUGGAGGCUUGCCACCGGAGUUGCACCCAACAAGAGAUCCUCGGCAAGUGCGGAUGCGCAGACCCCAUGUAUCCGCUGCCCAACAACCCGGGUGUGGAGAACUGCAAGGCUGGCGAUCCAAUGGCAAGGGACUGCAUCAAGAACACCUCGAUCGAGAUUGGUGCCAAGAUUGCGGAGAACGAGCUGAGGAACUGUAUGUGUCACCAGCCUUGCGAGGAAACCAACUACGAGGUGACCUACUCGGCAGCCCGAUGGCCAUCCGGGUCGGCCAACGUGAUGGAGUGCGUCUCCGGGGACUCGCUCUGCCUCGAGAAGUACAAGAAAAACGCCGCCAUGGUCCAAGUCUUUUACGAAGAGCUGAAUUACGAGACGAUGGAGGAAUCGCCCCAGUAUUCGCUAACCAGCAUCCUGGCCGACUUGGGUGGUUUGACCGGACUUUGGAUCGGAGCCUCGGUCGUUAGUUUAUUGGAAAUCGGCUCGUUGAUACUGUUCUGCUGCCAGGCUUGGUUCCGGAAACGGAAGGCCAACUCCUCCAACACCCCGUCCGUAAUCGUGCCCGUCCAACAAAGCACCCGACUCUCCGUCCACUCCUCUAGCAUCCCUCGCUCAAAACAAUCUCUAGUCCUCGACGAAGUCCCACCUAUCCUCGAAAUCACACCCAAAUCCUCUACGAGCUCAAUCAUAUCCCAGCCCUCUCGGCCACCCUCCAGAAAAAGCAAGUCCAGCCUACGCUACAUUCCCCCCGACGAAGAGCUGCCCUGUCUGUGCAAGUACAACGACAUGGGCUUCAUCGUGCAUAUGAAAGCAAUGUGUCCGGUGCAUGGGAUUAAGGAACCUCAUCUCGGAGAUUAUUCUCAUGGAAACCUG